AUGGCAGACAAGAGGAAAACUAAAAAGCGUAAAGAGGAGUUCGGGGAGCCAGUCGAGUCGGAGAAGCCCACCAGCGAGGAGUACGCCGUGGCCAAGUGGCUGAAGGCAAACGUUCCCACUAAGAAGACCAAGUUCCUGAACCAUCACGUCGAGUAUUUCACCGGCACUAAGGCGGUGGACGCGUUGCUCACGUCGAAAUGGGCGACCGGCAAGAGUCCCAUUUUCACGACUCGCCUGGAGGUCACCGAUUUCCUGCACCAGAUGCUCCUUCACAAAUUGUUCCACAGAGCCAAAAAGGUGCCUGUGAGCGAACAGGAGUUGAAGGGCAAGUCCAAAAAGAAGGAACUAGAGAAGAGUAAAAGUGGCGAUGAAAAAGAAGGCGAGAAGAGUCAAGCGAGCGCUUGUGAGGGAAAGGAAACGAAGGAGAGCAAAGACAAAGAAAAGAAGAAGCGCAAGAUUAGACUGGAGAUGCACAUGGACCAAGUGUUCCUGGACACCGUUGAUGCCUACGUCUGGAUAUACGAUCCAAUGCCCUGGUACUACUGGCUGUGUGGAACCCUCGUGGUGAUUGGUACCAUCACCAUCUGCAUGUUCCCACUGUGGCCGGCCACCGUUCGCAAAGGCGUGUACUAUCUGAGCAUCGCCGCGGCUGCUUUUCUGGUGCUGAUCAUUGGCCUCGCUGUGUUGAGAGUGGUGGUAUUCUGUCUCCUCUGGGUCCUCACUCUCUCCAGACACCAUCUCUGGCUGCUGCCGAACCUCACCGAGGACGUGGGAUUCUUCGCUUCGUUCUGGCCCCUAUAUAAGGACCAUUCAUUUUCAAUUCAGAGAGUUUAUCAUUCAACGGAUUUUGAACUCUGCAUUCAGUACGAGUACCGCGGCCCCGGCUCCGAGAGCGACAAGGCCAGUAAGAGCAAGAAGAAACGCAAGAAAGAGAAGCAGUCUGACGACGAGGCCGAGGAGAAGGCGCCGCUGCUCGAGAAUCGAACCGGAGACGCUCCGCGCGAAGAGACGCCUCUCUCCGCUGAACCCACGGGCGAAAAUGACGCGCCCGCGCACCAAGAGGAAACCAAAGAGGACCUUCCCGAGGCACAAGCAGUGGACAAACUGUCAGAAUCAGAGUCGGAGAACAGUCAGCGGUCGUCGACGGACAGGGACUUUGAGAUGGUGGAGCCAGGGGACAUAGAGGGAACCGAAGUGCCUCACCAUAAUCCU